GGCGGAUCGUGUUGCUAAAACAAAAUUUGAAACUUGAAAAAUGGCUAUAAACUCAGACUUCUUUAAUCAAUUACAAUUAAAAUGACAGCAAUAGCAGCAACACCAGCAUUUGCAGCAUUUGAAACGCAGCUUAGAACGCUGUGUUUAACAGAAUUCCCAUGCGGAGGUGGUAGUUGGAGAGAAACUGAAGGAAAAUCACUUGCAAAGAAGACCAAAGGAACAGGAAACAGAGUAUCCAACCAUUUUUCUGUGACACUAAAAGAUUACGGGGCCCAGCAUGAAAAGACAGAGCUCUUAGAGGAAUAUGUAAAAGCCAAGAAGUCGCCCUGGAACCUGGAUUAUAGCUGGAGUGAUGAAGCGAAACAAUUGCGGGAAAUAGCAGUGAAAUCACCAUGGUUGAUUGACGACAAAUUCAUUCUAAGUCACUUUAAAACUCUACGUAUUGUAGAUAAAAAUGUGUCUGAAGUUGACCCUAAUUUACUGCAAUUUCCCAAUUUGGAAGAAUUGACGCUCACAGCAAACCUCUUGGAGACAGUGAACUCACGCAACCUUCCCCCAAACCUACAUGUACUGGAACUAUGUGCCAACAAGAUAGAAGACUUGGCAGAUUUGGUACACAACCCCCCUCCCCUUAUCCAUCUUGGUCUAGGGUACAACAACAUUACAUUCACUGAUGACUACAUCACUGGAGAAUACUGGCCUGGUGUGCUGUCAUUAGACUUGAGUCACAAUAGCCUGUGUGACCUCAUGGACAUAGUGAGAAAGCUACAGACCAUGCCAAAACUCAGGAAUCUCAUAUUACAAGGCAAUCCACUUGCACUUGUACCAGGCUACAGGGGCUACGUCAUAGACAGCAUUAGACGUCUUGAUGUCUUGGAUGAUAUUCGAAUUACCGCAGACGAGAAGCAUCAUUUCAAGGGAUUGGCAAGACGGAGAGAAUUUAUCCUAGAUGAAUGUAAAUUGAUCAUUAAAGUUCCACAUCUUAAUGGCCUUUUGAUGCCAGAUGAAAUUAAGAGGCCAGAUGAACAGCCAGAGUACCCCGUUGUCACCAGGACAUACUAUGUUCAGUUCAUGAUACCAGAGGAUCCUUCGAGCAAUGCAGAUGUCUACCAGAUUACACAGGAUGAAGAGCAGGGAUUGGCUGAUGAAGAAGCAGACCUGGUUGACGCAGCAACUAUGCAACAUUCUGACAAUCCAAAGUUAGGUCAAAAGCAGAUGACUACAAUUACGGAAAUUACGGAAGAAAUAGCCGAUGGUACAGAGUUAGUCAUAGAGCAGUCACAAACACCUGCUGCAGUGGACAUUGACAGAAAUGUGGCAUUUGCUGCCGAGAAUGAGACCUAUGAAGCACCUAUUGCUCAAGAAAAGAAAGAAGACACGAUAGUUGAAGAAGAAGCCAAAAGUAUUAAAUCAGAGUCCUCGCAACCAAGUUCAGAGAUACCCGAACAAACAUUCGUCCUGGAGGCAGCAAAAACAGACACCUGUACAUGGGCAGAGGAGGUGAACCUACUUUGGGCUAAGAUCUUUACCAGAGACAACCUGCUUGGAAUGAGAGAUUUUCUUAAACAAGGAAUGGACAUCUCUGUCAUCGAAGAGAAAGUGUUGUCUUAUCCUGUUCCUGAGGAACCGACAGAGGACAGCCGGACAGAUUCACGAAAAGAUAAAGAUGGCGCUAAAAAGGAUGACAAAAAGAGCGGGAAGAAAGAUGACAAAUCUAAAGAUAAAAAAGAUGAGAAGCCAAAAGAUGGUGAGAAAAAGAAGAAGAAAAAGGGGGAGCCUGAUGUUGAAUU